GACACGGCCGGGAGCAAAGGCAAGGAGGCCAGCAAGUACACCAGCCCCCGCAAGGGCCUGGGCGACAAGGCAGCUGGGAGAGCCCCGAAGGAGAAGCCGUCGAAGCCCAAGAAGGAGAGCCAGCGGGUCCGGCUCGGCCCCUCUCAGCCCACUGCCAAGCCCAAGCCCUCUGGGCCCCAGCAGUCGGUGAUCCGGGGCAUCACCUACUACAAGGCUGCCCAGCCGGAGGGCGACUCAGCCUCUUCCCCUUCCUCCUCCCUCAGAGCCACCUGCAUGGCCCCCCGCUCCUGUGGGACCCUGCCCCCGUCGCUCCCUUGCCCUCACAUCCCUGCUGGGCUGGGCCCGCGGGGCGCCGGGAGCUCAGGUCGUAAGCGUGUGCUUCUUUCCUCAGAAAGCCCCGCGAAGGGGGCCUCUGAGCUGGACCGGCCGGAGGAGAAGAACCCCAAGUCCUACGCUGCCGUGGAGGCCCAGGGGAGGGUCAGCGAGCAGGCAGAGACCACCCCUGUCAGCUCCACCCGGCCCCCUAGCACCACCAGAGCCCCCAGCACCACGACCCGGAGCCCACCGGUCACCAUCCUCCCCAUAGGGGACAGGGCUGACGGCACAGGAGGGCUGGAAGCGCCUAACCGAGUGCUCAACCAGACAGAGGAGUUUCACGUGGGAUCCGGAGCCAAACUGAAGACCCCCCAUAAAUGGAGUCUGCCACCUGGCAUUUUAGAUCCCCUGGUCUCUCCCAAGCGGGAGAGGGUCACAUGGUCCGUGGCCAGAACUUUCUCUGUCACCGCAGGUCGCUGGAGCAACCUGUACAAGCUCCCGUACAACUGGAUCGGGACCGGGCACGUGGUCUACCAGGGGGCGUUUUACUACAACCGCGCCUUCACCAAGAACAUCAUCAAGUACGACCUGCGGCAGCGCUUCGUGGCCGCCUGGGCCCUGCUGCACGACGUGGUCUACGAGGACACCACGCCCUGGAAGUGGCGGGGGCACUCGGACAUCGACUUCGCCGUGGACGAGAGCGGCCUGUGGGUCAUUUACCCCGCGGUGGACUAUGACGACUCCCAGCUGGAGGUGAUCGUCCUGAGCAAGCUGGACCCCGGGGACCUCUCCAUGAAGAGGGAGACCACGUGGAAGACAGGCCUGAAGCGCAACUCCUACGGGAACUGCUUCAUCAUCUGCGGCAUCCUCUACGCCGUGGACGUGUAUAACCAGAAGGACGGGCAGAUCUCCUACGCCUACGACACCCACACGGACACCGAAGCCAGCCUCAAGCUGCCCUUCCUCAACCAGUUCUCCUUCACCACGCAGAUCGACUACAACCCCAAGGAGAAGGUCCUGUAUGCCUGGGACAACGGCCACCAGGUGACCUACAGGCUGCGCUUUGUGCUCUGAGCAGCCGGCCCUGCCUCGGCCCCACGCCGCCAAGCACUGUUAGCCGUGUGUCCGGGGACAGGCACUUGCGUGUGCUUCCCCCCGCUUGGGCUGCCAACACACCCACACUCACGCACACCUGGACCUCAAACAGCCUUUGCCAGUCAGUCGUUGCCGAGAGAACAGGCGGCCUAGCCUGGUGCACCCAGCUUUGGCCAGGAUCUGUGGCCUGCUCCAGCACCUGAUCCAAAGAGUUCUCCCCCCAGUCAUGUCCCAUUCCCCGCCUGAGAUCAGCCUCCACCGUUGCGCUGGGAUCCUGCAGAGCCAGGGGCUGCCUGGGGGAAGGUGUGAACGGGAUCCCGCUCUAGGCUCCUAGCACCAGCCGCUGGCUCAGCAUCUCGGGCUCAGCUCGUCUCCCUUCUCUGAGUCGAGAGCCCAGGUGUUGUGCCUGUGGCGCGUGCGUGGCGGUGACAGGGACGUCGUUUGAGGCGAGGGGCAGAAUUCCCUGGACGCCCGCCACCCAACGCAAAGCCACUGGUGGACCGAACCCAUUCAGACCCACAAAGCACAAGGCCCCUUCUCCUCCGAGAUUCGUCACUGAAACCGAGCUCAGCCUUUGCUGACAUCACCUGUCUCGUGGAACCCCCCAGAAUGGCGAGGGGCUCGCCUCCCGCACGCCCAGGUGCUGCCAGCAGGUGCUAGGAACGUGGCUGGUAACUCCGUGGCCGUGGAUUCCAGGCCCGUCCACGUCAGGCGAGAUCGUAUUUAAAUUGUCAGCUGCCCGACGGCAGAGCUGUCCUCUGCAUUGCUUCCUGCAAAUAGUGCCAUCCCUGUAUUCCUCCCAGGACAGAGCAGCCGCUCGUGGGCCACGUCUUGGAGUGCCCUUCCCCACGGCUGUCCAUGGCACAGGAGCGCUCGCUGCACGUAGAUCCGGACGGGACCGAGCUCUCGCUGAGCACCCAGCGGGAGGGAGGGAGGGCCUGGCUCUGGCUCCCCCGCU